AUGGUCAAAGCUUUAUCACCAGAGAAUGAAUAUUCCUACGACUUCUUCAAGGACUCCACCUCUAAUAGAUUCCAGGGAUCCAGUUUCAAGGCAAUAGGAAAUCAGAAUAAGGUCGAAGGCGACUGGGCUACUGUUGGUGGGACUGGAGUGUUUACUUUUGCACAAGGUAAUAUUUCCAUCCGAAGAAUACACAGUUGGAAUAAGCUUUCCAGGGCUAAUACUAUAAAUCCUGUCACCACACAGUCCCUUGAGUAUAAUCGGAACUUGUACAUGCACCAGACCAUCGAUGGACCAUACCACAACCAAGUAAAUAUAGCAGAUCCAAAGCAGCCUCUUUUGUUUGGUUACACCAAUGUUCAUGACUAUUCCAUAUAUGAUGGUCUUGGCCCGAGUGCAAAGAUUGUUGCACGUGCACAAGGCCUGCAUACAGAGACUUGUAUGGACGACGAUGACUGGUUCCACUGGAGCAGCAUAGUUUUUACCGAUAAAAGGUUCGGGGGGUCUAGUUUAAAGGCGAUAGGAAAUCAAAAUAAGGUUCAAGGUGAAUGGGCUAUUGUCGGAGGAACUGGUGUGUUUAGGUUUGCACAGGGCACUAUCUCCAUAUAUAGAAUCCAAGGAGAUUGGUUCUCAAACAUCAAGGAAAUUCGAAUCAGUGCAUUUUGCCCCAAAAUAGGCCAGCAGUAUUACUGA